CACUCGCAGCGUCUGCACCGAUGGGGUAACAGCUUCCCAGCCAUUGCAAGUGAAGAUUGGAUCUAAAAUUAGCCUCGGGAACAGACUGACCCUCGAAAUCAGCUGCAGCCAUGGUGGCGUAUUGUCCGAUAUGUGGAAAACCUGUCUACUUCGGUGAGAAGAAGCGAUCCCUGGGCCGAGACUACCACCCGCUCUGUCUGAAAUGCCAUCAGUGCAAGAGGCAGCUGACCCCAGGCCAGCACGCAGAGCACGAUGAGAAGCCGUAUUGCUCCUACUGCUACAUGAAGCAGUUUGGACCGAGAGGUAACAGGGGGCCGCUGUUACAUUCCUGUCACAGCACUGCUUCUUCAUAAAGGACAAAAGCACAUCCCUCCCUCCCCCGACAAGCGCCACCCCAGUUCCUGGGUGAACCGCCCGAUGCAGACCCCCCACCAACACUGCACCGUAACGUGGUUAGAGAAGUGUCUUAAAACCAGGGGGAAGCUUGCACUGUGACUCAGGGUAAGAGUGGAGAGCAGCAGAAGUCAAAGCUUCUGCAAGAGUCCUGUUACUGGAAGUGACCUGUCCAUGGCAGCGCUCUAAGGAACAUUUCUAGCCACACCCGAAUUGGAUCUGCCAUGGCUCUGCCCUAAAACACACAGCCCCACUUCUGCAGCUGCAGAAAGCAGAGGAACUGUGCAUUUUCACAGCGAGCGUGCUGACCUCACUGUGAUCCUCAAAGCUUUAUUUUCCUUUUUUUUUUCUAUAAAUGUCAGGAGGGAAAUCAACCCAGUCUUUUCUGAAGUCCUCUUUUUUUUCAUCUCGCACAUUCUCUGGCUUUCAGUCCGAAGUGGCGGAAAGCCCACAGCCUCUCUUCCACAAGCUCCUGACGGCACCGCCUGACGUUGCUCAGAAUGUGAAACUUGGUCAUCGCAUGUACAUUUGCGUAAUCGCUUUCCUGCUGCCUUAGUUGGCGAAGGCAUUUUUCCGUACGAGCCAGUAACUUUUCACGAUGCUUAUUUGUGUCACAUUUGGUACGUUUAUCAGACACAUUCAGUGCAUGUCGGCAAACUGCUUGUCUUGGUCUUCGGCCUCUCCCAGAGACAUCCAAACGCAAUUUUUGCUUAAUGCUCCACAGCUUCGCUUGAUCUGGCUCUAAUCUUGCAUACUCAUUGUUCAUAGCAUCUAGGUAUCUGUGCGAAAUGCUUUUUUUGGUAACUGAGGUCAUAAACAAUGAGUUUUGUCCAACACGCUCCAAAUAUGGUUUUUAUGCUUGUCGAUGACAAUAAGGUUCAUCAAGAAUGGACUUUUGUGAACAGACUUGACAGUUUUUAAAUGAAAACGGUUAACAGAAGUGCAUUUGAACAGCCAUCUUGAAAAAUGAAUAAAUAACUGCAAUUAUAUAUUUGGAAUACAAUGCACAAACCAUAUCAAACACAACGUGUCAAUAGGAAUAAUAAAAUGAUU